CACACACACACACACACAAAAGGAAGUACUGCUGAGAGAGAGCAGCUGAUCUGGCCCUGAAGGAGAAAGUGUGCUGCAGAGUCUCUAUCCUUCGCUGUCCUCUCUACCAUGGCAGAACUUUCUGAUCUCCCUCUGGGCCAGACUGUGUACAUCUACAGCUGCUCAAAUAUGGAAGAGGAGGAGGAAUAGAUCAGGACUGGAUCACGUAUUGAGUUCUUCUUCAUGAUGACCACCAGGGGGCACAUUAAUGUAGUUCCUCGCACAGACGCACAUUUAAUCGCACCGUCAGGGACCAGAGGAAAGACGAUCUCGAUUAUGAGGAGCGGUAUGAACAAACGUCAGAUGACUGUGGUCAACCACAGCACUCUUGGUCUGGUGGACAGUUCCCACCCUCAAGCUGUUCUCAGUCAUCUUAGUGAACAGCGUUCACAAGGCCUGUUCUGUGAUGUAAUAAUCGUCGUAGAGGAUGUCAAAUUCCGGGCUCAUCGCAACAUACUGGCUGCUACAAGUGGAUAUUUUCGUAAUGCUUUUAAAACGCCCGAGGUCUACACAUCCAGCCAGGUGCUGGAGCUUACAGACCUGAAAUCUGAGGUCUUUGCUAGCAUCCUGAACUUCAUCUACAAUGCCAGAGUGGAGUCAAGUAGUACAGAGGACAGCAGGUCUUUGGUGGCAGCCGGAAAGCGUUUAGGAAUUCCCUUUCUGGAGAAAUUGCUAGACUCUGAAAGGCAGAGCUCUGGUCUCUUGCAAGGCCAAGCCUCUGCAGGAAGAUCAAACAGUCAGCCAAAGUUGGCAGACACAUGCACACUGAAAAAAGAAACCCUCAAGCCUGAGGAGUUAGACUGCUCUAAGGGCCCAAGGAUCACCAAUGCUUUUUCCAUUACUGAGGUUGAGGCAGUAAACAACCCAUUCUCUACACUGGAUCACAGUAACAAAGUAAUUGAGGGACUUGAGGAAGGGCCACCUCCUUCUAGCUCCCAAGAUACAAGCAUAUCACCCACAGAGUGUGAGCCUGCCAAUGCCUUAACUGAGCACUCAUAUGCAGUGAGCCAGGGGCAAGAAUCUAAAGAGGUUAACCAGGAGAAUGAUAACAGAACCACCAUGCCUGUCAUGCCUCUAGCUAAGACUUUGGUUACCCAUAGACUUGGACCUAUAAAGAAGCGUCGUAUACAUGGUAAUGGUAUUCCGCCUCUCUCAACUGAGCCAGCUGUAACUGUGCCCACUCUUACAGGCACAUCUGCAGUGGAAAAGUCUAUUCUUGCUCCAUUAUCUUCCUCCCAGCUGUCCCCAGAUGCAGCACCAGAGAUACAUUCCAGCCUCGAUCUGUUGCCACCACUUGACAUUACACCCUCUCAGGAUGCAGAGCCACCCUGCCUCAGUCCUCAGAAUACACCCAAUGUCUCCACCUUCAGCUGUCAGCAAUGCACUGAGACCUUUAGCGACUCAACGCUUCUCACCAUCCACAUGCAAAUACACAAGAGAUUUGUCAGUCAUUUGUUCUGCAAGUACUGCCAUAAAAAGUUUAUGCAUCUGAAAAGAUUGCGCAAUCAUGAGCAGGUUUGUGUGAAAUCUCUAAAAGGUCCAUCUGAGUUAGAGACAAAUAAUAAAGAUUGUUUGAGAGUCCCAGUCUCUAACGGUGCAUCUAAUGCAAAUACCACACAACAUUCUUUACGUCCACCAGAUCUUCAUAUCCCUUUAAAUUUAGAACCCACAUUGACUAGUUCCCUUGAGAUGUCUCAGGAUCAAGUUAAUGGGACCUUAAAAACAAAUAGCACUUCAAGGACUUAUAAAUGUUCUGUGUGCAAACGGGCUUAUGUGACCCUUUCCAGCCUAAAAAGACAUGAGAAUGUACACUCAUGGCAUAGAGCCUAUCCUUGCCACUACUGCAACAAAGUUUUUGCUCUGGCUGAAUACCGCACCAAGCAUGAGAUCUGGCAUACCGGGGAACGCCGAUACCAGUGCAUUUUCUGCUUGGAGACCUUCUUGACUUAUUACAUCCUCAAGAAUCAUCAGAAGACCUUUCAUGGCAUUGAUCCACAGCUGGCUGUCAAUAAAAAAUCAGCAAAUGGUGGAUUCAAGAGUAGUGUCUACCCCGUAAAGCUUUACAGGCUUCUCCCAAUGAAGUUUAGAAAGAAACGUUACAAGUCAUACAGUCAGACAUACUCUGAAGGGGUCGAGGGCAAUGAUGAGUCCUGCAGUGCACCUCUGGGCAGCUGUUCCCCCAACACUCUUUUUGACAGCACAGUACCGACAACUAAUUCAGAUGUUGUUAGUGGUCAGUCCUUAUUUUCAAUGCCAGUGACAUUCAUGGCCACUCCGAAAAUGAUGGCAUCAGAAAAGCCUCGCAUCAGCUUUGACAAACUGUGUGACCAAAACUUAGGAUUUCCUGUGCCAUCUGAGAUAGACCGACCCCUGAAACACCUCUCUACUGGUUUUAGGAAAAAGUCUGGAUUUGAUGGAAAAGGGUCACCGCUCUUCAGCUACAGGUUUACAGAUUCUUCAAAAGCAAUAGAGAAAAACACAGGGUCCUCUUUGAUUAUGCAUGGAAGUGACAGAGAUUCGCCAACAGAGAAAAACACAGAAAACAGCACAGACAUUCUUCCAUUCCUCAAUAUACCAUCCGUAUGCUCCUUUGAAGGAUUGAGCAAGCUGAGUGAACUGUCAGCAGCAGCACAGACCAUCGAGGACAUGGCUAAUCAGCUGCUGCAGGCGAGACCUGGGAGCAUAACAGCAGAUCAACCACCUAGUGGAAAGACAGAAACGUACAUUGCUAAGCCUGCAUGUCCAGGUCCAUCGAUUGAUAGCCAAGUCCUUCCCCUCUGCCAAAUAACAGUGAAAAUUGGCAACGAGGCAAUUGUUCGACGAAAAAUAAAAGGCUCAAAGCUAUUUCCAAAGAAGAGAAAAAGGAAAAGCUGGAGACAAGAGGGGAUGGGUCAAAGAAGCCCUGCAGAGGAGAGUAUUGGAAGUCCAAGUUUGAGGGUGAGGGCAGAAGUUACAACCUCAGUUACAGAAAAGGAAUCAUAUGAUGACCUAAAUGAUCCUGAAACCGACAAUCUAUGGCGUCCCUAUUACACAUAUAAACCUAAAAAGAAGUGUAAGAAAGUGAAAGGAAAACGAAAAAGGAUGAAACAUCUGAGAUGCUACACUAGGCCAUUGUCACCUGAAGCCAAUAAAAACUUCAGAGAAACACCAUUCUGUCCAGAUGAGAGGAUCGCAGCAGACAACUAUGGGGUCCGGAGGGAGCCAAGGCAUAGCAGCCAAAAGGAAGCUUUCCCUUGCCACAGCUGUGAGAGCUCUUUCCCUAGUCAGACCACCCUCAGCAUGCACAUCAUCAGCUGCCAUCAGCCACACUGCAGAAUAUGUGGUAAACAAUGUCCCCCUGAAGACACAUCCAGCACAGCUGGGCCCUUUGGAGAGGACAGUAGUGACUUUAUCUGCAAGAGCUGCACUGAAGAUGGCUCCUGUUUCAGCUCAGAUGUGGCGUCCCACAGCCUGAGCAUGGAGAAGCGUUAUAGAUGUUCUUACUGCCCACAGCGGUUCCUUUACCUUGCCACCAAGAAAAGUCACGAGAAAAAACAUCUAGAAAAGUCAGGUAAAGGACACAAUUGCAGGUAUUGUUCAAAAGUAUGUAAAUCAGCAGUGCUGUUGAGUGUGCAUGAGAGCAAGCACUUCAAGGCAGAAGAUGGAGAAGAUCCAGACAUGACAUGUAAAAUAACCAGUUCACUCUCAACAGGUAAAGAGCGCAAAGGACAGAUCAAACCUGAUCCUUGGGAAAGCAUGUAUACCAGCUUAGAGGUAAAGCCAAAGAUGGGGGAACCUAUGGACAUAGAAAGUGAGGGGAAUUAUCCUACAAUCACCAGUGUCUACAAGAAAACACCUUUGUCAUUUCCUUAUGCAGCAGAUGGGUCUUUUACUCCCCUUUCCUCAGAGUUAAAGAGGAAGACAUCCAAGAAAAAAAGCAAUUUGGAACGUUCUAAAGGAUUUGGAUUUGAGGGACACAGACAGGACUCUGUGAUAUGGGGACAACAGGAUUGACCUCGCAACACAGGUACAACCAAGUAAAGUGCUGACUCUGUCCAAUCUGUCAGACAAGAAUGCCUGUAACCAAAGGAACUUCCCAACAGCCUACAGUUGCUCAAGUCAGAAAAGCAUUUAUUUAAAGAGGAACCUUGUUUUCACACCCACGACAGGAAGGAAAUGCAUCUCCUGCUGAUGUCACAUAGAAUAAUGACAUAAGUGACAGGGCAGGCCUUACAACGUUUGAAAAAUGGAGAAAAAACGCACAUGAAAGUAUGAGGAGUUUUGCUUAGUGACUUUGCAUUCAAGAGAACUUGUGAGAUGUAAAUAUAGAGUAUUUUUGGUCGUUCACAUGAAAUAUUGUUGGUAGUUUUCCAUUUUUUUCUAUGAGGAAAGAAGUGGUUUUAUUUUUAUAUGUUUUUAUUUGUCUAAGUCAAGUGGAUCUUCCCUAUUCCAUUGCUCAUUGUGUUGUACUCUAUGCAUCAAGUAAAUUGUACGACUAGCAGCACCUUACAGCAAAGAUAACCGCGAGUGAUUGUACUUUUAUUGUAAACAUAACACUGUUACCACAAUUUCAAUCUGUUUGUUGCACAAAAAUGCAUUAAUAACUCUGCUGAUUAUACUGAUAAAUGCUAAAAAUGAUUUUCCAGAAUAUACCAAAUGUUUUAGCUUUCAUUUAUAAAAUUACCUAAUUUUGUGAAAUACAUCAAAUCAUGAAAUAAAAAAAAUACAAUAACAAAAAUAA